AUUGCAUGGUUCCCCUCUCCGAAUCAUUCUCUUCAUAGGAAACUCUCAAAAAGCCCCAAGGGCACCAGAGUCUAGGAGCCCAAACUAUGUUCUCUGUUCUCUGUACAUAGGUAACAUAGUGAAACUCAUUCGGGAUGGAUUUAGGAGUCUUUGUGCGAGCCGUAUGCGGUGAGAGUCGCACGUACGCUUCGCACGGAUGGUCGAGCUUCUUAGAAUGACUAACCUGCCGUUGUAGUAAAGUUUCUGCUGGAUUAAGGAGUACUCUGGUUUAGAUUUGGCGUCACGCUUCAAAGCCUCAAUGAUGGGUGCCGUGAAUGGAUCUUGCUGCAAUGCCUCCUCAAGAUUCAGAUAGUCAAGAGUAUAUUACGCGCUUAAAAUCCGAACAAUUGGUAUCAGAGCCAAGUUACAUUGGGGCGGAGGGAUUUCUAAGCGGUAAGAGAAGAAAGCCGAGAACUUGAAAAAUGGCAUCGGUAAAAAGUUCGAAUGUUUCCGUCGAACCUUUCGAUGGACGUGGCGAUUUUACUCUGUGGCAACAACGAGUAAAAAGUGUUCUUACUCGGGAAGGGACAAUCAAAGCUCUGAAGGUGAAGGUUCAGAGGACAGAAAAAAUGACGGAUGCUGAGUGGGCCAAACACCGGAAGAACGACAAACCGGAAAAAUUGUCGGAAGAAGAGUGGGAGGAUUUGAAGGACAUGGCAACAAGUACAAUAUGCCUAUGCCUUGCAAAUAAUACUCUUCGGGAGGUUCUCGGUUUGACGGACCCGGUGGAUAUUUGGGACAAGCUGGAGAGCCGGUACAAGUCGAAAUCGUUGACAAAGUUGGAAUCCAUUGAUGUGAAGAUUGAAGAGGAGGACAAGGCGCUGCUUUUGUUGGCUUCAUUGCCUUCAUCUUUUGACAACAUCGUGACCACGCUUUUGUUUGGAAAAGAGACCUUAAAAUUUGAUGAAGUAGUUGCUGCGUUGUUGAUGAACGAGACUCGGCGGGGUGGCAACGGGGUAUCAAAUGACGGUCAAGCUUUGGUAGCAAAAGGAGCUGGUCGGGAACGAGGACGGUCUAAAGAGAGGGGCGGCGCGUCCCAACGCUUCAAAUCGAGUAGUAAAAGCUUUCUGUGUUACUACUGCGAUGAAGAGGGUCAUUUCAAAAGGGAUUGUCCAAAGAGGAGGAAGGAAAAGAAGGACGGGAAAACACCCGUGACUGCGGUUGCAGAAAGUUCGAACUAAGAAAGUGAAGAAGACUUAUUUUUGGCAACCGCAAAGAGCCUAGGUAAAUCAGAUUGGAUAUUAGAUUCGGGUUGUUCGUUUCACAUGUGUUCAGUUAAGGAAAAGUUUGAUACCUAUCAAACUUGUGAUGGGGGUGCUGUGAAGAUGGCAAAUGGUGCACGGAGCAAAAUUGCAGGGGUCGGAACAGUGCAAGUUC